UGUAUUAGAGACAACCUUGUGCUUGGUCACAGUCCUUUCCCAAGCAGCCUUACACACACUAUUUAAGGAGAGAUGUGUGUUUUGAAUUUUUUGUUUUGUCUCAAAAAGUGUGCUAGAGGUUGACUGGGGGUAAGAUUUUACUGGACAACUUCUUCAAGACAAUCUUUGCAGAAUCUGAAAAGACAACCGAGAAAGGAUUGAACAGUUCAUGCGGUUGUUCUGCUGCUCUGAAUUGAGAAAAACAUUGUGUUCUAAACAAAGGACAUUUUUUUCUCCCCGAGGCUUGCACAGAGUCAUGCUGCUGUUCCUGGCCUCUCUAUUUGCCCUAUCUAGUGGCAUUCUGUCUCUAGACGAACUCAACAUGUGCAUGAAUGCAAAACACCAGAAAGUGGAGCCAGGCCCUGAGGGAGCACUCUUCCAUCAGUGUGCUCCCUGGAGUGACAAUGCAUGUUGCACUGCGAACACCAGCGAAGAGGCCCACAACGACUACUCCUACCUGUACAAUUUUAACUGGAACCACUGCGGUGCUAUGAGCUCCAAGUGCAAGAAACAUUUCAUCCAGGACACUUGCUUCUAUGAGUGCUCGCCACACUUGGGACCUUGGAUACAACCGGUGGAUCAGAGCUGGCGUAAGGAGCGCAUCUUGAAUGUGCCUCUUUGUAAGGAGGACUGUGAACAGUGGUGGGAAGACUGCAAGGACGAUGUCACGUGCAAGACUGAUUGGCACAAAGGAUGGGACUGGAGCUCCGGUACUAACAAGUGUCCUGCAGACAGUAAAUGCAGAAAAUGGACUGACGUCUUUGCAACACCUAAAUCCAUGUGUGAACAAGUCUGGUCCUAUUCUUACCUUUACACCACCUAUACCAAAGACUCUGGCCGCUGCAUGCAGCUCUGGUUCACUGGAUCAAACCCCAACAAGAAGGUGGCUGAGUACUACCUGAAUGCUGCUCAGCGGGGGCAAAGUUUUCCUGUGUUUAUGCUGCUCUUCCUGUCUGUCAUCUUGUUUUUUUGCAACAAUGUUCUAGCAUGACACCUUUGGCACAUCCUACAUCAUAAGCUAAUUAAAGUUGUUUCUAACACA